GGACAGACAUUUGUCAGACUGGCCCAAGAGAACAGCUACGAACAUUGCCUGGACUCACCAUGAUCGCCAUGCUCACAGUGCUGCUAUACCUUGGUGAGCUCUUAUUCUGGAACCCAGGACUGCAGUACAGGCAGGACACCUCCCAAAACCCAUCAUCUGGGCUGAGCCAGGCUCUGUGAUCGCUGCGUAUACAUCUGUGAUUAUCUGGUGUUGGGGUUCCUGGGAGGCCCAGUAUUAUUAUCUGGAUAAAGAGAAAAGUGUAAAUCCUUGGGACACUGAAGUCCCUCUGGAAAACAGGAAUAAGACCAAGUUCAAAAUUCGAUUUAUGACAGCCUCAUAUGCAGGCAUAUAUAACUGUUACUAUAAGAGUGCUGCUGGCUUCUCAGAGCACAGUGAUGCCAUGGAGCUGGUGAUGACAGGAGCAUAUGAAAAUCCCAGCCUGUCAGUCUAUCCCAGCUCUAAUGUGACCUCUGGAGUUUCCAUAUCCUUUAAGUGCAGCUCAUCCACACUAUUUGGCAGAUUCAUUCUGAUACAGGAAGGAAAGCAUGGCCUCUCGUGGACCCUGGACUCACAGCAUCAGGCCAAUCAGCCAACCCAUGCUACUUUUGUUCUGGAUGCUGUUGCUCCCAACCACAAUGGAACAUUCAGAUGCUAUGGCUUCUUUAGAAAUGAACCACAGGUGUGGUCAAAACCAAGUAACUCCCUAGACCUCAUGAUCUCAGAAACCAAGGAACAGUCCUGUACACCCACUGAAGAUGGACUGGAAACAUACCAGAAGAUUUUGAUUGGAGUCCUGGUGUCAUUCCUCCUGCUUUUCUUCCUCCUGCUUUUUCUCAUCCUCAUCGGAUACCAGUGUCGUCACAAAAAUAAGGCUAAUGCUUCUGUGAAGAACACACAAUCUGAGGACAAUGCAGAGCUGAACAGUUGGAACCCACAAAAUGAAGACCCCCCCAGGGAAUUGUGUACGCCCAGGUAAAAUCCUCCAGGCUUCGGAAGGACACUGCAUGCAAAGAGACCCAGGAUGUAACCUAUGCCCAGUUGUGCAUCAGGACACAGGAACAGAACAACAGCUGAAACCAGCAAGCAGCCAACACAGAAAGAAGACCCAGACCCCACAUUCCAUGAAUGAAAACUAGGGAUUUUCUGGUAUUUGAUCCCAGUGGACUCUAUUUAAUUAAUUCAGGCCAUCAUGAAUACCUCAUGUGUUAUCAGAAGCUUCUCAGAAUUUUGGGAGUAUACUUUAUUCUUUGUUCAGAGAUAACAAAUGUCCUUACAUUUUGUAAAUAAAGCCAAAUCCUCCUCAAUAAACAAGUCAUCUAAUGAGAAACAAAUGAAAUGAGAUAUUGCGAAUUGAAUGACUGUAACUAGGGCACACUAAUCAAUGAAAAUUGAAUUUUUAAAACCAAGAAUAAAUGUAUAAGCAAAGAAAA